GUCUGUCUCUCUGUCAUUAAAUUCUUGUACUUUGUUUUUCUUUCUCUCUCUGUUUCCAACAAAUUCUGUUUUCCUCAAAUUCUUCAAUGUAUGUGCACUUAAAUAAAGGCUGAUCAACCUUUACUUAUUACUUUUACUCUAUAAUUAUUAUCUUUUUCAUCUUCUGGGUUAUCUUGGAUCCGACCAUUUUUGGAAUUCGAUGAUGAUUCAUUACAUUUGAUUGAUAAUGGCUGUGAAAUGAAUGUUUUCGUUAGCCAUUCUAUGGCAGAAACUGGCCAGGUACUGGCGGAGUAGCACACUGGUGCAACAUUAAGCACAUUUUAGUUUUCUUGCUAGUGUCAGUACCUGUAUGGGAGGAUUCUUACACCUCGUAGAUUUAAAACACGGAAAGAUGGCCAGGAAGUUUGGAACACAUAAAAGAAAUGUUGGUGCAGGCUUAGAAGCUCCACGCAACAGUUUAGAUCUUCCUGUGGGAACUUAUAAGGGCUAUUACUCUCCACAAGAUGAUGAACUGCAGAAGUACCAAGAGACAGACAAGUGGAUUGGGUCGGGCUAUUAUCCAACAGAGGCUCCAAUGAAGAAGUUAAUAAAUGAUGAGAUGUCAAAAAGACCACAAAACAAAGCAAAUGCCCCAAGCAUAGUGGCUCGUCUGAUGGGUGUCGAUUCAAUGCCUCCAGAUACAACACCAGUGGUGCGGUUGUCUGAGAAUAAAAUCGAAAAUACAUCACAUAAUAAUAUAUCAAAGGAAAAACUAUCUAGAAGUAGCUCCGUUGGCUCUGCACUUUCACCGUCAAAAUCUUUUAGACUAGUAAGUUCAGAUUCAUUGCACUUAUCUGAAGACAGUGAUCUUGAUGAUUGGAGUAGUAACAAAAUGUCAAAAAAGCCCAAGCCUCGGGAGCAUCCUCAAGAGGAAGAACUACAGAAGUUUAAGAAAGAGUUUGAAGCAUGGCAAUCAGCAAGGUUUAAAGAAUGUUCAAAGAUUGUUGAACAUGACACCAUUGCCAUUCCUGAUCAGUGGAUGGCUCAAGAGAAUCUCAACAAGGAAAAAAUGGUUCUGUAUGCAAAUUCAUCUACAAAAGUAGAUAAAGUUGAAGAUUUAAGAAAAUCCCGAUCUUUAAGAACAGAAGAAAAACGAUCAGUUUCUAUCAGAAGGAAAACAUUAAGUGGAGACUUUGAGGAAACUGAGUCAUAUUCUGCACCAACAACGAUAGUGAUCUUGAAGCCUGGAUUUGACAGAAAUACUAAUGCUGAAGAGCCAUAUGCCAGCUCAUCAGUUGCUUCUGAAGAUAGAAACAAUAUUGAAGAUUUUCUUGAGGAAGUUAAAGAACGGUUAAAAUUUGAAUUGCAAGGAAAAACUUUCAAAAGUGGUUUGAUUCGAGGUGGUGGAAUUGAGACACCUUACAGAGAGAGACCUUCAGAUCCUAAACAAAUAGCUCAACGAAUAGCAAAACAAGUCAGAGAAAGCGUUACAAAAGAUCUCGGGACAAAUUUGAUUCGUUCCGAAUCAACAAGGUCUUAUAGAGGUGAAUUUCAGUGCAGUGGUUCGAAUUCUCCUGAGUUCAUCAGCAGAGAUACCAGAAGGCUUUUAUCAGAAAGACUAAGGAAUGUUCUAAAGAGAGAAUCAAAUAACGUUGACAAGAUAACAUACAAUGAUGAAAAGAAAGAUGAAAAUGAUUCUCAAAGCAAAUCGUUCAGAUGUGAGCCUGAUGAUAUGAAUAUGAUUCUUCAAAGGAAUUUGUCUCCCAUCAAUCUUGUUAGAUCUUUGUCAGCUCCAGUUUCGGGAACAUCGUUUGGGAAGCUUCUUCUCGAAGAUCGACAUGUUGUAACUGGUGCUCACAUUCGAAGGAAGCAUGAAGCUAAUGAAAAGUUAACGAUGAAGGUGAAAAAGCAGAGGAAAGACAGGUUUAAUUUAAAGGAAAGAGUAUCGAGUUUAAAGUAUAGCAUAACACACAGGGCAAGGUUGUUUGGCAGAAGGAUACAUUCAGCUUCUGAUUUUCGUGACAAUGACCGUAGUUUCGUGAAAGAUAUAAUGAAUGGACCAACAGUUAUGCUGAAUUUUGGCGACAGACCAGAAAAUGCAACUGAGGUUCCACCUAGUCCAGCAUCUGUUUGUAGUAGCAUGCAUGAGGACUUCUAUCGGGCGGCGUAUUGUGCCAGCCCUUCAACACCAGGUGCACCUAUAUCAGACGAUAAUGAUCUGCCACAAGCUUUCAGAGACAUAAGUUCUAACCUAAAUGAGCUAAGGAAACAGCUGCAUCAACUCGAGACUGGCCGAUCAGAGGAAACAGUAAUCGAAGAACAACCCAUUGAGUCAAACAUUGCAGAGCUUGAAGACGAAGAUGAGGCUUACGUACGAGACCUGCUAAUUGCUUCUGGUUUAUAUGAUAAUUCAUUUGGUAAAUCUUUAUACAGAUGGGACAGUUAUGCAAAACCAAUAAGCAGCAAGGUCUUUGAACAAGUAGAGGAGUCAUAUAGAAAUGAUGUGAAUAACCAUUAUGCAAAAAUGGUUGAUCACAAGGUGUUGUUUGAUUUACUAAACGAGGUACUGUCAAAAGUACUGGUCCCUCCUCUGCACAUAUCAAAUCUUAGUAGAAGAAUGGUGAAACCCCCUCGAGGAAAUACAUUACUGGAUCAGGUGUGGGGUAUGUUACACGAGCAUUUACACCCUCCUGUAGACAGAUCUUUUUACUUUUUCGAUACCAUGGUGGCUAGAGACUUGCAGACAAUGCCAUGGUCGGAACUGGUGAACGAGGAUAGUGACACUCUAGCAAAAGAGGUCGAGUCUCAUAUCAUGAGAGAUCUUGUGGAAGAAACGGUGAAGGAAAUGAGAGAUGGAUACAGAAGAAGAUUCUAACUGUAAAAGCUUUUGAGGAAACCACGACGACAUGGGUAUAGCAGUCUUGUAUAUAUGAGUGUGAAUGAAGUGAGUGAAAGUAGAUGAGAGUAGUAUUAGUAAAUCAGAUUGAGUGUGGGCAUGUUUUUGUGCUGUUUAGGAAAAAAGUAGCAGCAUUGUAGGAUCAUCAUUAUAUUUGGGCUUCUAUUUGGGUGUUUUCUUUUUUAUUGAUUGCAUGCCAAUAUUUUGUUCAUAACAAUCACCAUCUUUAAAGUCUAACCAUACUCCCUCUUAAUUA